AUGGCUACUUCACUCCCAACCAAGGAUGGCAAUCAACCUCCUCCUGUCGCUGAUCCGGUCAACUCUGGACCUGAUCAACCAGACAAAAAGCCUCGCGACCCCAACAUGUCAGAUCCUCGCCUGUUUGUUAAUCGUCCUUGUGUCUAUGAGCGCCGGCUUCCUGGUGAUGCGUACAUAACGGCACACGUUCAGCGGCUCCAGCAUGGCUUCUAUGCCAGCGCUUCAGUCUCAGACAUGGAUGCGGAGCAUGUUGAUUUUCUCGCUAUUAGCUUUGUUUUCCACUCUCCCCACACUCUAACCCACCGCUUCAAGUCUGCUACUAUCCGGGCUGCCAUUCGCGGAAGCCAGGAAAUAGCUACCUCUACUAUUCAUCCCCAGGGUUAUCCGCCGGGAAACCCCCAUUUUCUGAUGCACGCCCCUCAUCUUAUCUUCGGUACCGUGUCCCCCGAGACCAUGCAAUGGACCUUCAGCCUGGCCGGUUCCCUUGGGAUCUCCGAGGCCCCAGUGAGCGCCAGCUUGAUUCCAUCCGGCAGUGUCAGUAAACAGUUCCGCCGCUAUGAGAUGAUGCGCAUCCAAGGCUCUGCCCGUACGUUGAAAAGCACCCUGGGCCCCGAGUUCGAUGUCGAAGCCGGUGAAAUCGUUUGGUCGCUGGAGGAGAACAACCUGCAGCGCUCUGGUCUACCUCGCGAAUUUACUUUUAUCAUGCUCAUUCAAAAACCGACUGCGAAUACCAAAAUUAACCUGACUCUCGACAUCGAGCCGGUUCUCAAGACGUGGUAUGGAAGUUACCCCAGCAUCAUGCUUUCGCUACCGGCCUACCAGCCCCAGGCACGUCGGCCCGUCAACUUCUGUCAAGAGGUAGGCCAGAGAUUUGAGCCUGCGGAGGGGGAACGGGGAUUCAACUUUGCAGCUCUGGAAAGUUCCUUCGACCACUACAUCGCAAUGCCAGGAAGGAAAUUCACGCGAACGAUCGAGAUUCCCCCAGAUAAUUCAGCAUCCCAGAACAAUGGCUUUCCUGCAAACGGUGGCUAUCCUGGAGACAACCUGGGGCAGGGUUUCCCCCAGUUCGGCAAUGGACUAUAUGUCGGCCGCUACGGGAGCAUUGGCCAGUAUGCCAGUGGUCAAUACAAUACUCUGAACCCUGUGCAGGCGCUGCAAAAUGAGGGCUUUACGUUCCGCGACAACGUUGUGGAUGGACUUCUCCAGUCCCAGUUGCACCAAUUGCAGGCUGGUGGAGGUCAGAGUGGGUCCACUACGAACAAAAGUAGGACAUCAGCUUUGCCAAGCUCCACAGCCGCCACAAACACUCUCAACGUGCGGCUAUUUCUCGAUAACUAUGGCGCCUCCUCCUCUCGUGUAAGGAACCUUCACACCGGAGUCCACAACCCUACCGUGGCAACCGCCGGCACCGACAGCGAUGAAAAUGACGCUGUUCAGGGAGACUCUAUCGACGAGACCGCAGGCCGGAUCACCUACCUGCAUGCCAACGAUGAGAGCCGUGCCCGUGUGAUCGGAGGGAAGGUUUACGAAGAGGAGGUGCGUCGCCCGCCAGCACGUCGGCUUCGUUCUGCGUCGAUGUCGGAGGCCCCAGGGAAUGUCAUGAUGCUGGCCAAUGUGCCACUCACUGAGAAUUUACUCUUCGCCCUGGCUCAAGAUUUGGCCGGUCGUUAA